CAUAAUUCUUCCUUCACUGCAUCUGUUCCCUCCAUCCUCUUGGCUUCAGAACAACAAUGUGCCAGCAGGUGUCUCUGAAUCGUCCAAUCUGCCCUUACCGGAAUAAAGUAAUUAGAUUUAUUUUAAAGAGUCGAUUAUCUGCACGGGCUUGAGAGGGAGGAGGGCUGUGUCGCAUACUGUAUGUUAUCCAUCUGUGUCUUUCCUCCUCCUCCGACUAAUGCUGAGGAAGUAGCUCACAGAGCAUGCUCAGUAGUGGGAGCUCCUGUCAGGUGUCUGGUCAUACAUACCCUUGAGCCUUUACAUCUGAAAUGUAAGAAUUACUCUACUUAAAUCAACUCCCAACAUAACAAUUGUCCCACAAGCAUCCAGUCACCUCAGACAAAAGCAGCCGACUUCUCCUGUGAGGUUUUGCUAAAGAAAGGAAGGACAGGACGGGCAACUAGAUGAAAACGAGCCAGUUGUUAACAUGGGGCUUUGCUUCAGGUGUUCCAGGAUCACGUUUGACCUCAACUCCAACCUCACUCUGAGCUCUAAAAGCAGAAGGCUCAGCACCAGUCUCCAACACUUGGCAAGAUGGGUGACUGGAGCUUCCUGGGGGAGUUCCUGGAGGAGGUCCACAAGCACUCUACGGUCAUCGGCAAGGUCUGGCUCACCGUCCUGUUCAUUUUCCGCAUGCUGGUCCUCGGCACCGCUGCUGAGUCCUCCUGGGGAGAUGAGCAGGCUGAUUUCCGGUGUGAUACCAUUCAGCCUGGUUGCCAAAAUGUCUGCUACGACCAAGCCUUCCCCAUCUCCCACAUUCGUUACUGGGUACUGCAGAUCAUCUUUGUGUCCACACCAUCUCUGGUGUACAUGGGCCACGCCAUGCACACUGUGCGCAUGCAGGAAAAGCAGAAGCUGCGGGAGGCUGAGAAAGCUAAAGAGGCCGGUGGCACCGGCACCUAUGAGUACUUGGCCGAGAAAGCCGAGCUGUCCUGCUGGAAAGAGGUGAACGGGAAGAUUGUCCUCCAGGGCACCCUACUCAACACCUAUGUCUGCACCAUUCUCAUCCGCACCGCUAUGGAGGUGGCCUUCAUGGUGGGCCAGUACCUCCUCUAUGGGAUCUUCCUGGACACCCUGCAUGUCUGCCGCAGAAGUCCCUGUCCCCACCCCGUCAACUGUUAUGUCUCGAGGCCCACAGAGAAGAACGUCUUCAUUGUCUUUAUGAUGGCUGUGGCUGGACUGUCUCUGUUUCUCAGCCUGGCUGAACUCUACCACCUGGGCUGGAAGAAGAUCCGACAGCGCCUGGCCAAGUCACGGCAGGGUGACAAGCACCAGCUUCUUGGCCCCUCCACCAGCCUGGUCCAGGGCCUCACUCCUCCUCCUGACUUCAACCAGUGCCUAAAGAACAGCCCAGAUGAGAAAUUCUUCAGUGACUUCAGUAAUAACAUGGGCUCCCGGAAGAAUCCAGACCCUCUGGCCACUGAGGAAGUGCCAAACCAGGAGCAGAUCCCGGAGGAAGGUUUCAUCCACACACAGUAUGGCCAGAAGCCCGAGCAGCCCAGUGGCGCCUCUGCAGGCCACCGCUUUCCUCAGGGCUACCACAGUGACAAGCGCCGCCUUAGUAAGGCCAGCAGCAAAGCAAGGUCAGAUGACCUGUCAGUGUGACCCUCCUCUUAGGGAGGACCAGUCCCAGAAGGGAGCCAAGGAGGGUGAGGCAGGACAGAAGCGGUCUCUCUGACUGUAUACCUUCCUCAGCACCUUCUCUCCCGGGUCUGGAUGGUGUUGCUCAUUAAUCCUCCAAAUUUCAGUUCUGAGAGUAUUCUCAAAGAUUGGGCUACUCCUCAAAUCCCCAACCCCACAUCCUCUACCAGUAUUCGCAGUGAAGACUUUCAAGUGAUUUAGUGAAUAUGGUGGGGGCAGGAAUGGGAACCUUGGCAAAAUCUGGUCUGGGUAGGACAGACAUGAAGAUUCGACAUUAGCAACAGAUAAACCCUCACCCCAAAUCUUGUCUUCUUCGGUACUAGGCCCAUCCUUUUUAUUUUUUAAAGGAAGAAUCCAAGGUUGAGAGUAUUCAUCAAAUAAUCUGCAUUGUAUUGUUCCUUUGAAUCUGUCGUUUCCAUGUGCCAUACCUCAGAGUGCUGGUGAGGUAACUGUGGGUUGCCCUUGGCUGCAUCUCCCUCCUCCCAGUCUUAAAGGGGUGUCCUUGGUCCUCGGCCAGCAUCAGCUUUACAAGUGCCUUGGUAUGUGCCUUUGGAAAACACUGCAUGUUGAUGAUGCUGCAGCCUUACUGCCAGGCUAGACACCCAGCUCAGAAGGGUGCCAAGACCUCUAGAAGUCACUGUGCACAUAAGCAUUGCUGGAAUUGCCACCAGCUGUCAUCCUGCAGUCCUUUACAGUUCAACCUAGUGAUAGAAACCGUCCUGGACAGCUCACCCAGUGUUCCUCUAAAAUCUUGGUUAACAGGAAUGUCCAAAGUCACCAUCCUCUCUUGGACCCUGGCCAGAUUACCAGCCACCAAGUUCAGUGGAAUUUCCCCAGGAUUUAAUGAAACAAAGAGAGCAUUGUGCUUCUCAGGUUCCUUGGGGGGUGUUGGGGGGGAUUCUUCUGUGGAGAUGAAAAGAGAGGAGGGGGAGGACACUGGAAAACUAUUUUCCCUUCUGCAUAUGCCUUCCACUGCCUCCCAGCUUGGACUGCUGAGAGGUGUGGUGAUAGAUAGCAACGGAGGCCCAAGAUCUCUCUCUUAGAGGCAUCAAGGGGACCUGGAAGCCGAGAUGGAGCUCCGGUUGGUUUUGACACGGCCCUUAUUUAGUGCAGAUGCUCCUGUGUUUCCUUGGGACCCUUAGGUACAUCAGGGAGGGACUGUAGAAAAUUCCUGCCUUCCUCAGGGUCUAUCCUGGGCUAUCUACUGAGAGGAUCCACAGUCGGUGUCUCUCCUUAUGCAGAUGGAAAGAUGCUCAGCGUCAGAUAUCAAGACUUACAAACACAAUGCUCUGUGUGUGUGUGUGUGCAUGUGUGUGUAUGAGUGUGUGCAUACUCAACCAUCUAUGUGUGUAUAUGUGUGUGUGUGCAUGCUCAACCAUCUGUGUGUGUGUGUGUGUGUGUGUGUGUGUAUACCCGUGUAUGCAUGCAGAUAGAAUGGUAAAGAAGAGCCCUGAAGAACUGUAAGGAAACAUGUAGAAAAACUUGGGUUUUUCUGCCUCCUUUUCUGUUGCCCGACAGGACAGCUGAGCUUGCUUCCUAAUCAGCCUAAAGGUCAAACCUGGGAAGUCAGUACAGGAGGGUGAAGGUUCAGAGGUCAACCCCUGCCCAUGUGACCCAUCUCUGGGUCCCUCUGCUGGUAUUUGGAUGGCUGAAGAUACUUGGGAAAGGCUGACUGGCUGUCCCAGCCCCAGUGUAUCUCAUUCAUUCCUGACACCGACGCUAUGAUUCUCUGCUUUUCUAGUUAUGGGAUGUGUGUUUGUCUUCUGAAAUGGGGCCUUUUGAGUUAGAAAAUCUGAGACCAGUCUUCGAUGGUGAGGUUUUUCAGAAGAGAAAGAGAAAGUAAUAUGUGUGACUGGUUUUAAAUAAAAUACGUCUCUACAUGUUAA